UACGACACGUUAGUGGCUUUACGUAUACGGAGAUGCGUACGUUACGUAGCAACAAAAACUCCCUAUUGUCAUACAGCCUUAAGAACCGUGGGACUAGCUCGGUCUGUCGGUCUGUACAUCCUUCGAUCCUUGUUAUGACAGUUUGUUGACUACAAUGUACAAAUCAAAUCUACAAUACAAACACAAACAAACUAAAAUCUAAAAUUUACACAUAGGUUAAUCAAGUUAUAUCGGCGUUUUUUUUGUGAUUUCUGCUUCGUUAUUCCUUUAAUUUUUAGUUAUUAUUAGUCUGCAUUUAUAUAAAAAAAAAACAGUUAUUUAAACAGUAUGGAGGAACAAGAAGACAAUUACACAAAAAGCGAACUAUCUAAUAAUAUAAAAUGCCAAACCGAAUUAGAGAAUGAUGGUGUGAAUAAUACAGAAUUUCCGGUUACCAUAAAAAAUGAAUUUAAAAAAGAAAUGUUUCUACCUGAGGAUAAUCCAACUAAUGAAGAUUCUAAAGAUUGGUUCAAUCAAAUGAAUACUGCAAUAUACAUUGAAAAUGUAAAACAUGAAGAAAUUGAAGAUGAUAGUAAUUUGUUGAAUUGUAAAAUUUUUAAGUCUGAACCAAAUAUUAAGGAAGAGGAAGACGUAAUUGAAGCAAAUCAGAGUCAAUGUGGUUCCUUCUCUGAAGACGCACACAGUGAGUUGAACGCGAAUAAAUGCUUCUUAGAAAAGGACACAAAAAACCUUGAAAAUCUGUUCACCUUUGACAAACAGUAUUCACAUUAUGGUGCAACAGUGGCGUCUAAAAUUGGUUCCAAAGAGUUUUCGACAAAGUCUAUUGAAACUCAUAUGACAGUGCACAGCAUAGAAAAACCUUUUGAAUGUGAAGUUUGUUUCAAACAGUUUACGAACAAUUAUGAGGUGAAAUCGCAUAUGAGGCUUCAUACCGAAAAAACAUUUAAAUGUGAACUUUGUUCUAAAGAGUAUUUAAAGCAAUAUUCUUUAAAAACACAUAUGAGGUGGCACAGUGGAGAAACUAUUUCAUGUCAAAUUUGCUUUAAACAAUAUACAACGAAUUAUGAUUUAAAGUUGCAUAUGAGGGCGCACAUUGGAGGGAUCAAAGAAAGACGUUUUACAUGUGAGGUGUGCUCCAAAACUUUUAUAAACAAGAAUACUUUAAAGCGACAUUUAAGAUGGCACACUGGAGAAGCUUACACGUGCGAGAUUUGUUCCAAACAGUUCGUAGACUAUCAUUAUUUCACCGUCCAUAUGAGAUUCCACGCAGGCGCAAAACCAUUUCAAUGUGAAAUUUGUUCGAAACAACUUUCACAAAAGUCCGCGCUUAAAGUGCAUAUGAGAGCACAUACUGGAGAAAAACCUUUUGUAUGUGAAAUUUGCUCUAAAUCUUAUAUGACAAGCACGAAUUUAAAGGUACAUAUGAGAGAGCACCACACUAAAGAAUUGCCUUUCGAAUGUAAAAUUUGCUCUAAGAAAUGUGCAACAAGUAGUAGAUUAAAAAGUCAUAUGAUGGUGCAUAUCGAAAAAGGUCCUUUCAAGUGCAGAAUUUGCUUGAAACGAUAUAAAACAGAUAAAGAUCUUCAAUUGCACAUCAAAUCGCACAAUGUAGAAGAGACUUUUACAUGCGAAACUUGCGCAAGACAAUUUUCUACAGAUUCUGAGUUAAAAUUUCAUUCAAGAAUACAUAGGGAAUUCAAAUGUGAAGUGUGCUCCAAAGGAUUUUUCAGCAAUAAAACGUUGAAAUUACAUAUGAAGGUGCAUACUAGAGAACUUUUCUCAUGUCAAAUGUGCCAUAAACAAUUUUCAACAAAAUACAACUUAAAAAUACACAUGAGAAGGCAUACAGGAGAUAGGCCUUUCCCCUGUGAACUUUGCUCCAAACGGUUUGCCAAGAAAUCUGAAUUAACUGCACACAUGAAAUGGCACACUAGAGACGUUCUUUAUACAUGUGAAAUUUGCAACAAACAGUUUGUUACCAAGACAAUAUUAACUAGACAUAUGAGAACUCAUCAAGGGGAAAACCCAAUUCAAAUGUGAAGUUUGUUUCAUAAGGGAGUCAAUAUAGAUUUUGAUUUCGGAAAAAAUCAAACUUUUUGUAAUUUGAUUAAAAAAUGUUUAAUAAACAACAUAUCACCCCCUCCGUGGCUCAGUGGUAAGAGCGCCUGCCUUUGGAUCGAAACAAUCCGAAAGGUUGUGGGUUCGAAUCUCACCAGGGUCAGAAAUUUUUCAUUUAUUAUAAAUUAAUAAAUAAAUAUAGUUUCUGUCCUUGUGGGAUCGGUACUCACCGGAGGGACCGCAGACGUUCGGAUACAAUUAGCGUCUUUUUGCAAAGACAAUGACGUCGACUUUGCAAAGUAACAAGACACUUACUCAACACACACACUACAUUGGCGCACUGUAAACUAACGUUCGGCGAAGUGAACGGUUGAGUUAUUUUAAUAUAAUUAUUUAAGUAAUGAAUCAAAUGACAUUUAACCAAUUGAACAUAAAAGAAGAACAAUUAGGUUAUCUUAUGGUUAUGAUAAAAAGAAAUAAAAUGUAUGGGUAUAAGUACGGUGUAGGCGGAAAAUAAGACUUACAUGAAUUUUGUUUAAAAAUGUGUAACUAAUACAAUUAUUACUAUAAAACUCUCAAAUUUGUACCAGUUACCUUUCAAACAUCUUACUAAACGAUAUUUUAUUCAAAAAAAUCUCAAAAAUUUAAUUGAAAUGAUACGAAGCACAGUGGUCCAAAUUCCAGAGAAGCUGGCCAAAAGUAAAAAAGAAAUUCGACGUUACAUUUUCUAAAAGAAAAUUAAAUUCCCUAUUCAGUGUUGGCAACCCUAGAGUUAUAUCUCCUAUAUCUGAAUUUCCAGUUCUGUUCAAAGUUGACCUUCGUACGGAACAUGCCCGCAGUUAAAAAUAUCGAAUAUUUUAUACGCUCAGUCUUGUGCGUGUAUCUCGAGAACGAAAUGCGCAAAUUCAAUUCUGUAAAAUAGAGGAUAUUCGUGGAGCCAUCUUU